GGCAGUGUCCUCAGGUCACAGCGCAGAGGAGUCCUGGGUAGCGCCUCAAGUCAAGACUUGAAGAUCCCUUAUCCAGUCUCUGCCACACUCCUGCCUGUAGCCACCAUGCCUCGUGCUCCCAAGCGUCGGCGCUAUAUGCCUGAGGAAGGCCUUGGUUCCCAAAGUGAGACACCAGGUGUCGUGCGUGCACAGGUGUCCCCAGCUGUGCAGGAGGAUAUUACCUCCUCCUCCUCAACCUGCUCCUCCUCUUUCCCCCCCUCCUCCUCUUCUUUAGAUUCAAGCACCUCAGAAGAGGAGAUUUCUACUCUUGCUGGAAACAUGAGUCCUCAGAGUACUCAAAGAGCCUGCUCCUCCCUCACUGAGAUGGGCUCUGCUCAGUUGAUGCAAUCUGAGGAGGGCCCCAAUCUCCAAGAAGAGGAGGGACCAAGCUCCUCCCAGGCCCUGCCAGAAGCUGCAUCUUUUCCCAGAAAUGAGAUACAACGAAAGGUGGCUGACUUGGUGCACUUCCUGCUGCACAAGUAUCGAGUGAAGGAGCCGACCACCAAGGAGGAAAUGCUGAGUAGUGUGAUCCAGAAUUACCAGGAACACUUCCCUGAGAUCUUCAGAGAAGCCUCUGAGUGCCUGCAGCUGGUCUUUGGCAUUGACAUUAAAGAAGUCGACCCCACCAGCAACUCCUAUGUUGUUGUCACCUCCCUGGGCCUCGCCUUCGAUGGGAUGCCAAGUGAUGAUGACAGCAUACCCAAGACUGGCCUCCUAGCCAUUGUUCUGGGUGUGAUUUUGAUGCAGGGCAACUGUGCCACUGAGGUGAAGGUCUGGGAGGUGCUGAAUAUGAUGGGGGUAUAUGCAGGGAUUGAGCAUGUCAUCUAUGGGGAGCCUGGGAAGCUCCUCACUGAAGAAUGGGUGCGGGAAAAUUACCUGGAGUACAGGCAGGUGCCCGGCAGUGAUCCUACCUGCUAUGAGUUCCUAUGGGGUCCAAGGGCCCACGCUGAAACCAGCAAGAUGAAAGUUCUGGAGUAUUUGGCCAAGAUCUAUGGGAGUAAUCCCACAGCCUUCCCACUGUGGUAUGAGGAGGCUUUGAGAGAGGAAGAGGAGAGAGCCCAGGCCACAAUGGCCAUUGCAGAUGAUAGCACUGCCAUGGCCGCUCCAAGUUCUAGUGCCCACGGGCUGAGAGAAAAGCAUGGGAAAGCCUGGAUACCUGCUCUGGAUGCUUCCUCCUGCAUGGUGGAUAAAGUUGGGAGAAAUCUGAACCUACAGCAGGUAUGGAAGGUGUUAUCCAGUUUUCUCAAUGCAGCUGCACACAGUGCUGGAACUGGUGCUAUCUGUCCAUCAUUCCAUCAUCUGCAAGGAUUUUCCUAG